CUUCGACCAGUCAUCAUCUCAAGAAAAGAUGAGGAAUCUGAUUUUGUCGACCCUUUUGAGUUUGUGUGUUUUAGGACUUCACGUACGCGGCGAUGUCUAUCUUCAUAAUCCGCGGGGUUCUAACAACAGAUUGUUAGGCGAAGGAGCCAAUCGUAAAAAUGGGAACAGAGUGUUCGACUCCCAGAACAACGCUAAAGGUGGUUACAACGCUGGUGAAAAGAGCGAAAAAAAGACAACUGAUUGGUAUCAUAUGCAAUAUUUCAUGAGCGGCACCUCGGCUGAUGCACCAACUAUCCUGAAUCUUGAAUGGACCAAUCAGCAUGGCUGUGGCGACGGUGACUUGAACUGUAAUAUCGUCUUGCAAUACAUGUGUCGCCCUUCCGGACAGGAGGAUGAAGAAAGGGAGAUGAGGAACGGCAAAACAGAGUUGACCCCAAUUUAUAGAAAACGCAAUCUCAAAAAUCCUGAAAAAAAAUCUGCGGAAAGAAAGGCGCAAUCUCUGCUUGACAGAGCUUACAACGAGCAGUGGGAAUGGUAUGACAAGUGCAACAGGAGAGAAAGAAACAAAGGUCUGUUCACAGCUGAUCAGAACCUCAAGAGAAACACAGCAAGGUACACGCGACAAAACCCGAAUGGAAAUCGACGAGGUUACGAGUGUCCCGAGGAAAGAGAUUAUUAUCCAUACUGGCAUCCGACUGACUGGAUUGAUAUCGCAGUCUUGGGAGACCAAGCAGAUUGUGACUUUUACGAGUCACAGAGCUUCAACACCAAACCUAAGGAGGAGUGUAUGGAACCUUAUAACAAAAAAAAGGCUUACAAUGAAAAGACAAACAAAUGGCGUCAUGCCUCACAAUACAACAACAAAGCUGAUUGCGAAGCAAACAAUGGAAUAUGGGUGACAUUUCACAACUAUCUUGAAGAGACUGAUCUUAGUGAGGCACAGUGUACUGGUGAAAAGUACAUCUGGGGCAUUCCCUAUCGCUCUGAAAAAUUGGACCAGUUGAAAGGUACUGAUCCCGAGGUCUGGAAGAAAUGCUUGGUCGCGUUACCCAAACCAGAAUGUGGACCAGCCCCGUACUCACGUUCCAAUCACCUGGGUAACGGUGAGGGCGUGGUCGCUCUCAACUAUCCUUGGAAGAUACCCCGCUUCCCUUCAGGAGUCGAACAGAAAUGUGUACUGAGAAUAAGGUACAAUAUCUCCACAAACGAUUACGACGUGAAAAAUACAUUCUCUGGUUCAAACGACGACGACUCUGUCAUUGAAAACGACCCAGAAGUAGAGUAUGGGGCACCAGACAACAACAAGGUUCCCCUUCAGCUGGCCAUAAACACGGCUCAAUUUGGUCGUACAUUCCAGGAUCGCUCUCAUGUCUUUAAGAUCAUAAAAAGAGAGGCAGAGUUUCAGAAUAAGCGAAUCCUGAAUCUGAAUGUGCGAGGGAAGAGAGGGAAUAUUGUCCAGGUUUACCCCGCCGUAGAAUACGACUUCACUCCAAAGAGGAUGUCGAUUACGACAAAUGAUUACCUCCAUGUCCAAUGGACAGGUUCCAACAGAAAUCCCAAAAACAAUGCUGGUGAAGGGCGCAAACAAACCGACCGUAGCAACAUGGUCGCAAUGCAAUCGCCUGACAAAAGCUUCCCGUAUUAUGGCGCCGAUUCAUUCGAAAAUGUCCAAGUUGUUUAUGCUCUGGACGGUACUCAAGGUAUGUCGUCAGCUGACGCCGCUGUUGCCUUGGCUACGGCGGGCCACUUCAAAAACGCGGCCAAUGUUCCCGCUAAUCUCAAUCAAUUGGGUGAAUGUAAUAGACAGCAACUAGCUCAACUGGACUGCUAUCCACCGUCCUACUCUGGGUUACUCCUGCGUUUCACGAAAGCCGGAACAUACUAUUACAUGGGUUCCCGUAACAACAACUUCACCAAUCGAAGUCAAAAGGGCAGGCUUACAGUCACCGAUUAGAAAAAAAUGACGUUACAUAAUUAUAUAAAAUGCUACGUCAAUUUGUGCAUGUUAGUUACGUUCAAACAGGGUCAAUAAGAUAUAUUUUGCCCUGCAGAUAGUUUGUUCAUGUGUUAGUUACGGUAUAUUAUAUGCCUAUAGCUAUAUAACCCUUCUAGAUAUUUUUGCGAUCUGUUUUCGCAGUCACUAACUACGUAAAAUAUUUUUCUUUGUAUAAUCUUUUCAACUUUGCCGUUUGUAAUCGUUUUAGUAUUCAAGGAUUUCUUAAUAAAAUUAUA